CGCGCGCGGUUGUGCAACAGCCCAAGGAGCAGGAGCCGCGGGCACCUCGGAAAACAAGCCGAGCCCAUAAACAAAGCCACGUGGCCUCGGGGCCCAGGGGGUGGGGUAGGGGCCGGGCUAAGAGCAGGCGGCUCUUCCGGCAACAACCAGCGGCUGCCAGCGGCCCGAGAUAAAUACUGCGGCCGGGAAAGAGGCGCAGCAGCACACCGCGAGCCCCGCGCGCCCUGCGACCCUCCCCAGCGCAGCGCCCUCUGCCAGCGCGAGCACUCCGCUCAGCACCCCGAAACCUUCAGCCCUACACGCCGGUUCCCUGCAGCCAGCCCCUUCGCGGGCCCCCGCACCCCGAGCGUCCGCCCAGGGCGGCGCGUCCCCGAGGCCGCUGGGCCGGUCGCGACCCUCAGUCUGUCGCGUACGUAGGUGGUGUCCGCUCGCGGUGCCAUGCCGUUCCUCGGGCAGGACUGGAGGUCCCCAGGGCAGAGCUGGGUGAAGACGGCCGACGGCUGGAAGCGCUUCCUGGAUGAGAAGAGCGGCGGCUUGGUGAGCGACCUCAGCAGUUACCGCAACAAGGAAGUAUACAACAAGGAGAAUCUCUUCAACAGUCUGAACUAUGACGUUGCAGCCAAGAAGAGAAAGAAGGACAUGCUGAACAGCAAGACCAAAACGCAGUAUUUUCACCAGGAAAAAUGGAUCUAUGUCCACAAAGGAAGCACUAAGGAGCGCCAUGGUUACUGCACACUGGGAGAAGCGUUCAACCGGCUGGACUUCUCAACAGCCAUUCUGGAUUCCAGAAGAUUUAACUAUGUCGUACGGCUGUUGGAACUGAUAGCAAAGUCACAGCUCACAUCCCUGAGUGGCAUUGCCCAAAAGAACUUUAUGAACAUUUUGGAAAAAGUGGUUCUGAAAGUCCUGGAAGACCAGCAAAACAUCAGACUCAUAAGAGAACUACUCCAGACCCUCUACACCUCCUUAUGUACACUGGUCCAAAGAGUCGGCAAGUGCGUGCUGGUCGGGAACAUCAACAUGUGGGUGUACCGGAUGGAGACGAUUCUCCACUGGCAGCAACAGCUGAACAACAUCCAGAUCACCAGGCCUGCCUUCAAAGGCCUCACCUUCACCGACCUGCCCUUGUGCCUACAACUGAACAUCAUGCAGAGGCUGAGUGACGGGCGAGACCUGGUCAGCCUGGGUCAGGUGGCCCCUAACCUGCACGUGCUCAGCGAGGACCGGCUGCUGUGGAAGAGGCUCUGCCUGUACCACUUCUCCGAGCGGCAGAUCCGCAAGCGAUUAAUUCUGUCAGACAAAGGACAGCUGGAUUGGAAGAAGAUGUAUUUUAAACUUGUGCGAUGUUACCCACGGAAGGAGCAGUAUGGAGACACCCUACAGCUUUGCAAACACUGUCACAUCCUUUCCUGGAAGGGCACUGACCACCCGUGCACAGCCAAUAACCCAGAGAGCUGCUCCGUCUCCCUCUCCCCCCAGGACUUCAUCAACUUGUUCAAGUUCUGAGUCACAGCACAUGACAGCACUUCAGAAGGGUUCCCCCGCCGACUGGAGGGCGGGGAGUACAGAGUUCGGACACUUCAUUUGUAAAUAGUGUACAUUUUAAACAUUGGCUGGAAGCUUCCGAGAUAAGUCACGGAGAGGACAUUUGGAAGGGAGAGACGCAGUCGCUGGCUGGGAAUCUAAGACUAUAGACUUCUCAUUAGAAUUGGUUUGGAAACGCAGAAAUACUGUAAAUAAACUAUUUUUUUCUAAUGAUUUGCCAGCAAGACUAUAAGGGCAGGCGUUCUGUGUUAUAGGGGAAAAAUGGAAUUCUCUCGAGGUUCCCUGAAACUCCUAGAAAUGCAGAAGAAGAGGGCAAAACUCGAAUACAAGAUAGAGCACGCUUUGUUUACAAUGUGAAAAUCCGCUUUAAGAAGAAGACGAAAAACUACAGAUGAGAAAUCCCUGGGCUUUUGGUUUUGAUUUUGCGUUAGUUUUAAGAAGGCAAGGAGAGCCACCGUAAACCGCAUGGGCGUACGCAGGGCCUUCCCUUACGAAGAUACCACACAAGAGUCUACCUCGGAAAGCACAGUGGUCGCUGACAAAGCGCUUGUCCAGGAGGCAGGGUCUGCUUUUCUUGUUUUCUCGUCAUAUAGAAGGUGAUUUAAAACAGGAAGGGGUCUUGAGGUCCGUCCUCAUUGUGUUCCUCCCGAGGUGAAUGGGGCGGUCUCCGGAGUUGCCUCUCAUCUAGAACCAUCCCCCAGGACACCUAGACCCUGUUCCCUCUCGUGCUGUCGCUCAUCUGGGACAGCAUGACAUUAAUUGAAAACCGUCCCAGAGGGUGUCCUGCCCCAGAAAAUCAUAGAAUGAGUCACCCUGUAGCUGUGAAGACUCUCUUAUUCCUGUUGAAUGUCCUGGCUUGUCUGCUUCCUGGGGUAUCUUCACGGAUGAGCAGGAGCCCGUCUCUGCGGACUGCUGGGAGCCAGGGCGCUGAUAAAGGCUUGUGAAGCAGGUUUGACGCGUCAGUGAGGCGUUCCACCAGCUGCCGCUCCUCUUGGCGUGUGAUGAGCUGAGCAGCCGUCUCUUCUUUGCGUCCCACAUCGAAGUGUGGUCAAGCUAGGAGCUAGGGCUCCUUGCGAGGGUGAUAAAAUAAAGCCUGGAGUUCCAGCCAAAUAGGGAACAGAGGUGCUUUGAGUUCACCCCAAACAUGCUUUGUACCCAGGGCAUCUCGCUUAGGCCAUCAUCAGCAGGUAACUAUGGGGGAGAAAGGAAACCUCAGGAUGUAAUGAGUUCAUUGUCAAAUAUUCCUGGGAGGGGGUGGGGAGUGUUUUUGUUUUUUACUUUUUAUAGAAUUUUAUUUUGCUUUUCUACAAAAAAAAUGUACAUAUUUUGCUGUUGUAUUUGCUUUUUUUUUUUUGUAAAUAAAGUUGCCACCCUGCAUGUCCUUGGAAAAUACAUGAAGCCAACUAGGAACUUGGUUCAUGUUCACGCUGAGGAUCCGUGAAUCCUUAGAGGUUGACCUUGGGGUGACCUAAAGAGAGGCAGACAGUUUGGCUGAACAGAAACAAGCCCGGGGACCAGCUAGUGAUACCCGGCCUCCUCACGCCCUCCCCUCAACACGCAACUCAAGCACCAGCAUUUGGGAGAGAAACCAACUGUUAGUCGGUGCCCCUCACUUUGCAAUUGUUUGUGCCUAUACCAGGGUUUCUCGAUAGUUUUUUUUCACUAUCACCCUCCAAGAAGAAAUAAUUAGGCUGAAUUUAAAUUCUCCCUAAUGAAAAAAUUAAAUAUUAAACAAUAAAGUCUCGCUGGGUGAGGUUGAGCUUUGGAGGUCCACAAACCUUUGUAAUCCUGAGAGGCGUGUUUUGCCCCCCACCCCCAGUCAAGGUCACAUUGAGAAUGCAGGGCCUACACUGUGCAAUUGAAAAGUUUCCAUAACUCGGACAGCUCCUCUCAAAUGUCUGUUAAAGAUGUGGGAUGGAAAUUAGGAAGCUUUGACUCUUCAGGGUUAGGUGUUCAUGGCCUUCCACUUCUUCCCCCCACCUUGUGACCGCUGCCCCUUCAUGUGGAUCGAGGAGAUGGAAGCUGCUGAGUGCCUUCAGGCUCGCAGUCCCAGCAACGUCACCUGCUCUGGACUACCAGCGCAAAGCCGGCGAGGGUUACACUGUCUGCAGUGCUCAUGACUGCCCAUCCUGCCCCAGGCAGCUUGCAAGGCGCAGGCUUGGAGAGACCCCUAACCACAAGUGACGGGAGCACUGUUUUCUGAGAUGUUUGCUUAGAAGGUGCCUCUGGGCUCGUCCGUCUCCUCCGGCGUCAUUGGAGGUGGCGUGUAAUGGAGUCCAGGGAAAUUUUUAAGGAAAAUAAAGCCCCGACAUUUGUGGUUUUCUUUCACUGGAAGAGGAGAGUAAGAAGGAAACGGCAAGUGGAGAGGGAGGGGGAAAGGAAGAGAAAUGGCAUCUCUUUGGAGCUGUGGUUUGUGUGAGGGCAUUAGGGACAAGCACAGCGGUCACAGAGCAUCUGUGUGGUGCCAUGUGGUGGCUGGGAAACGUGGUCAGAGCCUCACACAUAAGUAAAAGGAGGUGAAAAGAAAAUUCGUGUUCGAUGGGCACUAAUCAUCUGUAGAAUGUCUAAUGGCAAACCCUCCCAGGACAACUUGAUCUAAAAAACAAAAAACAUAGGAUCCCCGUCUCAGAAAUGCUGGUCUAAAAGCCAGAGGGACAUGACAAUGGAAACUGCUGGAUGAGAGAGUAACGCUCCUCUCUUUGCUGUACUGACCCCACCCCAACCCUGUGGUGUAGCAUUUGAAACUGAUGGCAAAUGUGAAAUAACGUGGACUUACAGAAAAGGAGUUUUGUCCAGGGCAGUGUGAGCGAAUCCACAGGGAUGUUAUCACGAGGUCCGACUGAGGCUUAUGAGCAAUGAGCCUAGAGUUUCCUGAGACUGACAAUAGCAUUUGAGGGCAGGAGAAUAUGUGAAGUUUAGGAUUGUUCACUUUAUAGCAGGAUCCAGAGGAAAGUCCAAUGACAUCUUAAACUGCAUUGCGUUAUGACUUGGCGCUGUUACUUUGAACAGAUGGAGCAGUUGCGUGGAAGGGCGAGGGGUAGAAACUUCAGGGUAUCAGCUGGGCAGUGACAUUUGUUUAGUGACGAUCAACUUUAAAUUGAAGUGGAUCAGAGAAGAUACUUUAGACGAGUUGGGUUUAUACUACGAAACAACGCAAGAGCAGGCUUCGCUUGGCGAGGGUGAAGAAAGGCGAUGAGUAUAUAUUGCACUAUGGCCACAGUUCUCAUGUGUGCAUUCAGAAACUUUCAUGACAAGCUUGCUAUGAGCAGAGGCUCCGUGUUGCUGUUGUUCUCAUGUGGGAGGGGAAGAUGAGUUUGGAAUUUCAUAUGUCUGAGCAAGUGCUAUGAUGUACAAGAAGGUCAGUCAUUUCGAGACAUGCUCAGCAGGUUAUCAUCCUUAGCAUUCAAUACAGUGUUUAUCAUAAAACAUGCACCUGAGUUUAUAUUCUUCUGCCAGGCAAUAGGCCAAUAAUGUCUUGCUAUGCAAACACUAUUUUAUGUGUGAUUUUUUUAACUGUAAUUUUUUGUGUGAAUUUUUUCUAACUAAAGUAUAUCAUCAGCUUCUAUGUUGACAUCUGUUGUUGUUUUAUUUUUUGCCUUUUUUUUAAAUCUGUUUCCAACUCCCUGAGUCUGUGAACCAUCCCUUCUGACUGGAUACUGGCCUGACAUCCUAUUAGUGUUUAAACAGACCUCAGAAACACCCUGAACCUCUGGGCAAAUGCAGACAUGUGGCUCUUUGAUAUAUCUUGGGCCCUUGGUGUCGUCCACAAACAAGAUCGCAAUUCCUUUAAACUCGACGUUUUCUGUAGAUGCUGUCUUCUCUGUCUUGUUAAAGAAAGUGCACCCUCCGUCGUUUUCCAAGGGAGGGGGACUCUUACCCCAGCCCUCCACGCUGCAAGGGCGGCUGGAGAUGUUGAAGCCUGGCAUUCUCUUUGCCUUUCAAGAUGAGGUCAUGGAUCCAGAACACUCAGGGGACGUGCCUCAGUCGCCCGGGCACCCAGGGGUAGACCUGAGCAUAAAUAAACCUGGGACUUCCUGAGGCCUUGACUUUGUGCCCCAGCCCCGACCCUUUCUGGUAUGGCCAGAGACACAUGACACUGACCUGGUUCUUCAAGAGACCUUCAACAUGGAAGGCGAGAGUGAGGGUCCAGUGCUGGGCAUCUGGCCGCUUUUUCCAAACGUUUCAAGCCCCUGAUUUUUCUUAGAGAAAUUAAGGAGCCACGUAAUAUUUUUACAGGCCUCUGAUUCUGCCGUCAGUACAGCGUUCUAGUGAGUGUGACCUCUGGCCAGCAAGUAAGCAGCGUGUUUCACAGAUUCUUUUUCCCUGGGUACUUAGAUGUUAUGACAAAAAUGGCCCUUAAGACAGACAGUGACUGAGCAGCCAGCAUGCUUUCUAGAAACGGAGGUUCUGAUGAUUACUAAGUGGGUAGUUCCUCUGCCCUUAGACUAAGAGGUACGUUUAAUCCAACCCCUCCAUCUCCCUGUCCUUGGUACCUACUGUGGACCCCAUGCUGUGAGCUUCUGUCCCCAUGGAAGUUUGCUCUCUGCCAAACCUCACCUUUACUAAGCAAGGUGGGGGGUUACUCCACGAGGCAGCAAGGAGUGAGGAACCACGAUACUCAAGACUUUGUCAGCUGGAGGUUUUUCAAAGUGUCCUUGAACUCACUCAGCAAACAAAACUUCCUGAAAAAUCUCUUAAAAUGUAGGCCCUGCUCUGUUUGGCCAAAAAUGAACGGCUGCUCCAAAAUCCUGAACCUCUUGAAAUUCCAUCUGCUACAGCAUUACUUCUGGAGUCUGAACAUGACUUUCUCUGUCUUUGAGUACAGAAAUGUUUGUUUGAUGAGCGAUACACAAGUAUGUUAAACAGAAGGCUCCAAGCGGUGCUCUACACUUGAGAACUCUUGACGCCAUCUUUGUCCUACCAAGUGCCAAUCACCCUGGCUAAAGGGGGUCUAUUCAAGUCCAUGUCCCAAGCUUAGAGGCUUUACUUCUUUAAUGAAAAAUAGUAUAGGGGGUUAAACAUUGUAAUUAAAGUAUAAGGUUAGACCAAUUACGCGCAAAGAUGUUUAUUUAAUAUUGUGUGAGCUGUCCAUCUGUAUAAAUUAUUUGCACACUUUUCUUGCAUGAUGAACUGACUUUUUUAUAGUUGUUUGUACCAGACGGUGGCAUAUUUUUGUAAAAAUUUUUUGACACUGAAUUGCAAUAAAUGGUUUUCCAACAACA